UUAAACAGCUCCCACCGCUCCUUCUUUCCGAACCAAUCACCGCGCGCGUUGCAUCGGCGGGCCGCGGAUCGACCAAUAGAAGCGCGCGUUACGGGAUCGAACCUCUAUACCAAUCAGCGGCAGCGUUACAUCCCGAAAUCAGCGCAAAACCCUCCCCAGGUAACCCCGGGCAGCCGGGGGGCACCUGGAGGAUCCCCGGCUCUCCCCAGGUGGGUCCGGGCACCGCCUCAGGUGGUCAGGGGAACGUUUCGGCGGUUUUGGAAGAACUUCCGGCUCCUUUCUAUGGUUUUCUAAGCACUUCCUGUUCGUGUCUAUGAUCUUGGAGGACUCGCGCCCUCUUCUCUAUGGUUUUUAGAGGCCAGAGCGGCGCCCUCUCGAUGGUUCUUGCGGGCGCUCCCGCGCGUGCGCGGAGAGGCCACUUCCGGUUCGCCGCCAUGAGGGACCGGACGUGGGAACUGCACCAGGCGAGAGCUCAAAAAACGGGGGGAAAAAAAAAAAAUAAAAAAAAAACCCAACCAAAAUAGGGAAAAAAACCCAAAAAUGGGGAAAAAUGGAGAACAAAACCGGGACCGGGGACCCCAAAAAUGGGGGGAAAGAGCCCAAAAGUGGAAUCGGAGACCCAAAAAUGGGGACGGGAGGCGCGGAAUGUGGGAUGAGGAGCCCCAAAAGUGGGAAUUGUUGGACCCCAAAUCGGGGAAUUUUGACCCAAAUCGGGGAUUUUGGACCCGAAAUUGGGAAGUUUGGACCCCAAAUCGGGGAUUUUUUGGACCCAAAUCGAGAUUUUUUUUCCCCUCCGCCCCCUUCCCCUCAGGUCUCGGAUUCGGAUUCGGACUCGGAGGGGGGGGAGGGGCGGAAGCUCCGCCCCCCCGCGGACCCCGCCCUGGUCCAGGCGCGGCAGGUGGGGGCGGGGCUGCGGGCGCUGCAGGUGAAGGCGGCCGAGCUGGAGCAGCUGCAGGAGACGGUGCUGGGAACGCCCCUCCCCCCACCAGAGCUCCAGCGGGAUCUGCAGCGAGUCCGGGACGAGAUCCAGGAACUGACCCGGGAGAUCCGGGGGGGGCUGCGAGGUCUGGAGCCCCCCAAGGAGGACGAGGAAAACCCAAAAUCCGUCGGGGCCCGAGUGAGGCGCACGCAGCACGGGGUCUUGGCCCAACAAUUUUUUGGGGUCACCGGAGCCCUCCAGGAGUCCCAGGCCCGGUACCGACAGCGCAGCCUCGACCGAAUCCGGAGGCAGCUCCUGAUUGCCGGGAGCCCGGAGGUGUCGGAGCAGGAGCUGGAGCAGAUUCUGGAAUCGGGACACAGCGAAAUCUUCGUGGGCAGCGUGCUGAGCUCGGCGCGGGCGGCGCUGGACGAGGUCGGGGAGCGGCACCGGGACCUGCAGAAACUGGAGAGGGGCCUGAGGGAACUGGGAGAGCUCUUCCAGUUACUGGGGAGCACCGUGGAGGCCCAGGUGGGACUGGGAGGGACUGGGAGGGACUGGGAGGGACUGGGAGGGAAAAAGGACGGUGUUUUGGGGGUUAAAAACGGCAAAAAUGGGGAGAAAAUGGAACUGGGAUGGACUGGGAUGGACUGGGAGGGACUGGGAGGGACUGGGAGGAACUGGGAGGGACUGGAAGGGACUGGGAGGAACUGGGAAGGGAAGAAUCGCGGCGUUUUUGGGGUUAAAAACGGCAAAAAUGGGGAGAAAAUGGAACUGGGAGGGACUGGGAAGGACUGGUUUGGACUGGGAGGGGAUUGGGAUGGACUGGGAGGGACUGGGAGGGGAUUGGGAUGGACUGGGAGGAACUGGGAUGGACUGGGAGGGGAUUGGGAGGGACUGGGAGGGGACUGGGAUGGACUGGGAGGGACUGGGAGGGGAUUGGGAGGGACUGGGAUGGACUGGGAGGGGAUUGGGAUGGACUGGGAUGGACUGGGUGAGAACUGGGAUGGACUGGGAUGGACUGGGAGGGACUGGGAUGGACUGGGAGGGGAUUAGGAGGGACUGGGAUGGACUGGGAGGGAACUGGUUUGGAUUGGGAGGGACUGGGAUGGACUGGGUGAGAACUGGGAUGGACUGGGAUGGACUGGGAGGGAACUGGAGAGGGGCCUGAGGGAACUGGGAGAGCUCUUCCAGUUACUGGGGAGCACCGUGGAGGCCCAGGUGGGACUGGGAGGGACUGGGAGGGACUGGGAGGGACUGGGAGGAACUGGGAGGGAAAAAGGACGGUGUUUUGGGGGUUAAAAAUGGCAAAAAUGGGGAGAAAAUGGAACUGGGAGGGGACUGGGAUGGACUGGGAGGGACUGGUUUGGACUGGGAGGGGACUGGGAUGGACUGGGAUGGACUGGGAGGGGAUUGGGAGGGAUUGGGAGGGACUGGAAGGGACUGGGAGGAACUGGGAAGGGAAGAAUCGCGGCGUUUUUGGGGUUAAAAACGGCAAAAAUGGGGAGAAAAUGGAACUGGGAGGGACUGGGAAGGACUGGUUUGGACUGGGAGGGGAUUGGGAUGGACUGGGAGGGACUGGGAUGGACUGGGUGAGAACUGGGAUGGACUGGGAUGGACUGGGAGGGAACUGGAGAGGGGCCUGAGGGAACUGGGAGAGCUCUUCCAGUUACUGGGGAGCACCGUGGAGGCCCAGGUGGGACUGGGAGGGACUGGGAGGGACUGGGAGGGACUGGGAGGAACUGGGAGGGGAUUGGGAUGGACUGGGAUGGACUGGGAGGGGAUUGGGAGGGACUGGGAUGGACUGGGUGAGAACUGGGA